AUGUUGAUCAUUGGUCAUUCGAUAUUAUAUACAUUAUAUUAUUGUACUGGUAUAUGUAUCUAUUACCCCGAUUCUCGUCCGGUAACACCACCACCUGGCUAUGCAUUUGCACCCGGCUAUGGUUCAGCCCAAUAUCAACCUCCACGAAAUGGCAAUGGUAGCAAUUGUGACAAUUGUAAUCAACCAUGUUUUUGUAUAGCACAAAAAGGAGAUCAGGGUCCAUCUGGCCCAAUGGGACAACCUGGUUCUCGAGGAUUAAAUGGCGUUUCUGGUCCUGAAGGACCUGAGGGUUUGAAAGGAGAAAAAGGUGAACGAGGUUUACCAGGUUUACCCGGUCAAAAAGGUGAUAGAGGACGAUCCGGUGAACCAGGCAUGCCCGGUCAUCCCGGUUUGCCCGGUCUUCCAGGCCCAAGAGGGCCAAACGGUUUACCUGGCCGUGAUGGAUGUAAUGGAACUAAAGGAGAACCUGGCCGAGGUGGAUAUGGUGGACAGGCCGGUCGUCCCGGUGAACCUGGUCUUCCUGGUCCACGUGGUCCCAAAGGUGAACCUGCACAAGCUUUACCUGGAUUCAAAGGCGAAAUUGGACCACCAGGAGCUCCCGGUCUUCCCGGUGCUGCUGGCCCUGCUGGAAAUUCUGGUAUUCCCGGAACACCAGGCUCGGUUGGUUUUCCUGGUCGUGGAGGUCAAAAAGGUGAUCGUGGUGAGUCAGGUCUUCCAGGAAGUCCCGGUGCUGGAUUUAGUGGUGAAAAAGGUCAAAAAGGAGAGCCAGGUUCAUCUUCUCCCUAUUCGCCUCCACGUUGGGAAGAAGCACAAGGUAACAACACUUAUGUCCCAUUCACGGUUACUGGUCCCACUGGUCCCAAAGGUGCUAUGGGUCCUAAAGGAGAAUCUGGCGAGAUUGGUUAUCCUGGUGCUCCUGGUUCUGCUGGACCAACAGGUUUACCCGGUGAAAAGGGUAUACCAGGUCCUGUUGGACCACGAGGUCCUACUGGAUCACCUGGUCAAGCUGGUUUCCCUGGUCAGGCAGGAGAUCGUGGUAGUCCCGGUUAUCCUGGUCAAGCUGGUAGCCCAGGAAGACCUGGUCAAAAUGGAUUACCAGGAGAAAAAGGUGAUCGUGGUUUCCCUGGUAUGCCUGGUAUGUGUUUAACUGAUCAAACUGAUGGCGUAGCACCCGGACAACCAGGACCAACAGGACCUAAAGGAGAAUAUGGUCCACCAGGUGCCCCAGGCUUUCCCGGUGCCCCAGGUUUACCUGGCCCACAAGGUACAAAAGGUGAUCGUGGUUUUGAUGGAGCUCCUGGCAGUGCUGGUCAACCUGGACGUGAUGGUAUUAAAGGAGCUACAGGAGAUAGUGGACGACCUGGUGACCCCGGUCCAUCUGGAUUUCCUGGUCCACAAGGUUAUCGUGGAUCUAAAGGUGAACCAGGUCCCAAAGGUGAGCCCGGUCGUUCAACCCCUGGUUCACCAGGUGUCGAUGGUUAUCCAGGUCAAGCUGGUCUUCCAGGAGCUAAAGGUGAACGUGGUCUACGUGGUCUUCCUGGUUUACCUGGUAAUUCAACAGCUGGUGUUGGUUUUCCCGGCCCUCAAGGACCAAUGGGUCCACCAGGUAGUCCAGGUGCCCCUGGUUUUCAAGGUGUUGCUGGUAUGAAAGGAACUAAAGGAGAUCGAGGUCUUGAUGGUGCUUGUGGUACUCGUGAUGGUUUGAAAGGUAGCAAAGGCGAACCAGGCUAUCCAGGCGAAUCUGGAACACCUGGUCAACGUGGUACAUCAGGAGAAAAAGGUGAUCGAGGUGAUGUUGGUCCACAAGGUUAUCCUGGUAACAUUGGUGCAGCUGGUGCUCCUGGUCGCAAUGGUUUGGAUGGUGAAUCAGGUGCUAAAGGAGACAAAGGUGAAGCAGCUCGUGUUUCAACAGUACAAGGCAUGUCAGGAGAAAAAGGAACACCAGGUCUUCCCGGUUUGAAAGGUGAUCGUGGACAAAAAGGUGCAUCAGGUUAUAGUGGUCGUGAUGGUCAACCAGGUGUAAUGGGUCCAGUAGGACCUAAGGGUGAUGCUGGUUAUCCAGGCCAACCAGGUCCACCAGGCAGUCCAGGUCCCAUGGGUGAUAUUGGUCCACCAGGUGCUACACUUCCAGGUGAAAAAGGUGAAAAGGGUAUUCCAGGUCCAGUUGGUAUUCCGGGUGCACCAGGUCCUCAAGGUCACAAGGGUGAACCAGGUCGAUCAUCAAUUUCAGACUACACAGCUCGACCAGGUCAACAAGGUGAAAAAGGUGAUCGUGGAUUGGCAGGUCUUCCAGGAGCGCCAGGACUUCCAGGCCCUAAUGGUUUACCAGGCCUACCAGGAGCAGCUGGCUUCAAAGGUGAAUCUGGUCUAUCAGGUAUUCCAGGUGCCCCAGGACCUAAGGGAAUUACAGGUUUUCGUGGCGAACCAGGUCUUCCCGGUCGUGAUGGAUCACCAGGUCUUUCAGGCCCUAAGGGAUUCGAUGGAGCACCAGGUUUACCAGGCCGUUCAGGAGAAAAAGGUGAACCAGGACUUCCAGGACCAGGCUUUCCAGGAGCCCCAGGACCUGUUGGUGCUCCCGGUGAACGUGGAUUUCCAGGUUUACCUGGCCCAGCUGGUGAAACUGGAUUCCCAGGCACUAAAGGAGAAUCAGGCUUUCCAGGUAGUAACGGACUUCCAGGGCCAGUAGGCAUGAAAGGUGAACGAGGAGAGCCAGGUUUUGGUGGACAAAAAGGUGAUCAAGGCCCAUCAGGUCUCUCGGGUAUUGAUGGCUUACCAGGUCUUCCAGGACCAAUGGGUCCACCAGGCGCCCCAGGUUUAUCAGGAGAAAAAGGUUUUGCUGGAUUACCAGGACCAAGUGGAAAAUCAGGCAUGCCAGGCUUACCAGGUGCCAAAGGUGAACGUGGUUUGAAUGGAGGACCAGGCUUGAAUGGAGCACCAGGUUUAUCAGGUGAAAAAGGUGUUCCAGGCUUUCCAGGACCAUCAGGACCAAGUGGAUUACCAGGCAUUCCGGGUGGCUCAGGACAAAAGGGUGACCGAGGUUUCCCUGGUUCACCAGGACAAUCAUGCACAGCAUGUCUUCCAGGUCAACGAGGUGACCGAGGUUUUCCAGGUUCACCCGGUCUACCAGGUCACAAAGGAGAACCAGGCAUACCAGCUGCACGUGGAACACCGGGAGAACGUGGACCAGCAGGUCUUCCUGGCGCACCAGGUCUUCCAGGAGCACCAGGUAAAGAUGGUUUACCGGGCGUUCCAGGUGCUAAAGGUGAACGAGCUAUUGGUCAAGCAGGUAUAAAAGGUGCCAUUGGUGAACCAGGUCUUCCAGGUCCAACAGGUUUACCAGGAGCACCUGGUGAACGUGGAUAUCCAGGCGGCAAUGGAUUACCUGGUGCACCGGGUGAACGAGGUUUACCAGGUCCUUCAGGAUUACCAGGAGCUUCUGGACUUCCUGGUGCUAUUGGACUAAAAGGUGAUAAUGGAUUCAAUGGAUUACCUGGACAAAAAGGAGAAUCAGGUCCAGCAGGUUUGAAUGGACCACCAGGCAUGAACGGUAUGCCGGGAAGCAAAGGUGAACCAGGUCCAUCAGGUUCUAGCGGUGGUGUUGGUUACCCAGGUCCGAAAGGUGAACGUGGUGCAGCAGGAUUUCCAGGUGCUCCGGGAGCUAAAGGUGCUCCAGGUUUAGCAGGUUUUCCAGGUGCACCAGGUCUUGCUGGCCCUGCAGGCUCUCCAGGCAUCAAUGGAUUUCCAGGACAAAAAGGUGAAUCAGGUUUACCAGGUCUACCAGGCUCAAAUGGUCCACCGGGAUUAAAUGGUGCCCCUGGUCCAGUAGGAGAUAAUGGUAUGCCAGGUCUCCCAGGUCAAAAGGGUGAACCAGGUUUUGCUACUCCUGGACCAAAAGGUGAACCCGGUUCAAGUGGUCGUGAUGGUAUGCCAGGCCUUCCGGGAGAGAAAGGAAACCCAGGUUUUAGUGGAGCUCCUGGUGUUCCUGGUCAAGAUUGUCGUACUCCUAUUGUUGGACAAAAAGGUGAAGCUGGUUUACCAGGUCUUCCAGGCCCUCCAGGUUUACAAGGUGCUCCUGGUGCACCAGGCAAAGAUGGUCUCCCGGGCGCUCCAGGUCUUCCUGGCUUACCAGGUGGUAAGGGAUUUGAUGGAGCUCCAGGUAGAAGUGGUUCACCAGGUCUUCCAGGUGAACGUGGUUUUGCUGGAAUGCCAGGUCAACCUGGUUUACCCGGAGAAAAAGGAGUUCCUGGAUUCCCAGGUGGUGCAGGUCUUCCCGGACCAAAAGGUGAUCGUGGCUUUGAUGGACGUCCCGGUUCAAACGGCUCACCAGGUGCACCCGGUCCAAGAGGUGAUUGUGGUCCAACACAAAUAACCCACGGUUCACCAGGUCUCCAAGGUGAUCGAGGUCAACCAGGAUUUCCAGGCACACCAGGAUUACAAGGACCACCAGGUCCACCCGGUUCACGAGGAGAAAAUGGUCCACCAGGUCAACCCGGACAACCAGGUUUACCAGGUUAUGUUGGACCUAAAGGUGAACGUGGUAACUCAGGUCUUCCAGGUGUUAGCGGUAUUGCUGGUCCACCAGGUGCUAAUGGUCCUCCUGGCCCAGUAGGCCCUGGCCUUCAACGAACUGGUUUCUUGGUUGUACGUCACUCACAAUCAUCUCAAGUACCAGAUUGUCCAUCAGGCAUGGUUAAACUAUGGGAUGGUUACAGUUUACUUAUGAUGCAAGGCAAUGAUCAUGGUUAUCAUCAAGAUCUUGGUUCGGCUGGUUCAUGUCUUCAAAAAUUCUCUGCACUACCAUAUUUACGUUGUGAUCAUACAAACGUUUGUUACUACGGUCAAACAAAUGAUUUAACAUAUUAUUUAUCAACAACAGAACCAAUGCCAAUGAUGCCUGUUCAACGUGAACAAAUUCGACCAUAUAUAUCACGUUGUGCUGUAUGUGAAGCACCUGCUAAUGUUAUGUCAUUCCAUAGUUUAUCAAUGACACCACCACCAUGUCCAAAUGGCUGGAAUAUUUUAUGGCAAGGUUAUAGUUUUGUUAUGCAUCUUGGUCGUGGUGCACAAGGCGGCGGUCAAUCAUUAGCAAGUCCUGGUUCAUGUUUGGAAGAUUUCCGUGCAACACCAUUUAUUGAAUGUUCUGGAACAGAUGGAAAUUGCAUGUAUUACGCUAAUAAAUUCAGUUAUUGGAUGACAGUUAUUGAUCAAAAUAAUCAAUUUGAAGUACCACGUCAAGAAACAUUGAAAUCGGGAAAUCAUAGAAAUAAGAUAAGUCGUUGUACGGUUUGUUUGAAGACUCAACAAAGUACUGGUCAAGGUGGUUAUCAAAGUGGCAAUUAUUAUGUGGGACAAACAUUGAAAAAACAUUAG